AUGUGCUCCUAUACCUAUAGCUGGUACUACUGCAACCACGACUACUACAUCUGGGCCAACAGCAUCGAAAUCUGCCCCAACCGCCUGCUCAGCGGCUACUCCUACGACGCCUGGAGCAUCGACAUGUGCAAGAACAUGACCGUCAAGUGCGGCGGCUUCUCCAACUACUACUGCUCCGACUGCUCCGAGGACGUCGCCCUCGAGUACGAGCUGGACGAGAUGUAA